AUGACUUCAUCUGGCUUCCGUUUUACCCAUACCUUAGCUCCCAACUUUAUCCUAUCAAUGCAGCAAGACCCUUUUGCUCCUGUUUCAAAAUUCCAUGUACAAUAUAAUCUCAGGACAUUGGCCCUUUCAGCACAGUCCUCCGGGGCCAGGUUUAUCAGCUUAAGCCUGGGGGGAAGGGAUUAUCUCCUGCUCUGGGCCCCUGGGAAACCUCAGGCCUUCCUUGCUCCUAAGGCUCCAAAGAAGAGCAUUUCACACAUUGUGUCUCAUAUUAAUGACUUUGAAGAAAUUGUUCCAAGUUCAAAUCCAUCCUCUCAAAUUGACAUAGAAAAGAGCUAUUUAUUUACUCAGAAUGACUAUAAGGAAGUCUUCCAUCCUGUUCCUUGUUCUGAAGGAUGGCCAACACUUCAAACACCCAAUCAAGAUUUGUAUAUUGAUGAUGACAUAAUUUUUGUAGAUAGUUUGGCGGAGUAUAAAAAGCAACUCCCUACUUUGUAUACUCUCUUGAGUAGACUGAAAGUGUUUUUAUUAAAAGAUCCUUGUUUAGAUUUCAAAGAACAACAGAUCUUCAUAGAAGCUGAUCAUUUCAGGGAAUAUUCUCCUUUGCAAAGCCAUUUGGAAGUUCAUGAGAAAGAAGAAUUAUAUAUGAUUAAGGAGCUGUCCGAAGAUGAAAAACACUUGACUUUGCCAAUUAAAUGGGAAUUAUUGAAACCUGCCAGCCUCCAAGAAAGAACAGAUAUACAAACAUCCUCAGAACUUAAGAAGUCCCUAAAAUUGACUCCAGCAAUAAUCAAUCAUACAGUUGAAAAUGAAAAGCUCUUUGAAAGAGCCCUCCCUAACAAAUAUAAGGAUGAAACUAUGACAGAUUACUACCCCACAGAGAGGAUUUAUACCAUCCAAGACCAAUGUGAACUAGAAAGCAGUGAACAAGGUGAGUUAGAAAUGCCUUUAACUCCUCCACGUCUAAUAACCCAACAUUCCCUGGUAAAUCCGAUACAUACCGGACUUCAAACAUGUCAACUUUCUCCUGUUUAUAAUAUUAAUUUUACUCCAGCUGAAAAUUACACGAAGAAAUGCACCCAUCGAAGUUCCCUGGACUCUCUUUUACUUGCAGUGCCACAAACCAAAGAGCCUAUAAUUCACUAUUCAAUUACAGAUUUGAAAAGAAUGUUUUCUCUUGAGGUAGAAAUCCUUAUGCUUGACUCAUUAAAAGAAGAAUGGUGGAAACAACAGGGACUGAGCAUGAUAAUGACAGAUACCUUGGAACAUCUGACUCCAGAUUUGUGUGAUCACAACCUGCUUCCCCCUCACAUGGAGAUAUUGCCAGUGAAACCACUUCAGCUAGAGUUUGAAAAACCAACAAGAGAAGAAAAGACAAAGAGUAAACCAGAAGAACUAGUUUCUAUAAUAGUGAAAGAGGAAGAAAAGAAAGAUACUUAUGAAUCACUAGACUACAAAGCAUUAACUAUUGAAUCAUACACUUCAUCAGUAAGUCAUAAUGCAUCUUUUGAACGUAGUAGAAAAUAUGAGGAUGAUUUGGAUCCUUUGAGCAACUUUAUCAUUCUGAGAAACAAACAUAUGACCAUCCUGUCAGAGCCUCAAGUUAUUAUGGAUAAUAGCCACAAAGAAGAGGAAUGUACUCUGACUCUUGAAGAAGAGAAUCCUACUGUUUGUAAAGAGCUGUCACCUGAGAAAAAUCAAGAAAAAGAGAUAAAUAAUGUCAUUGAAAUUCAAGCAACUGAUAGCCAGUGCCAGGCUUACAGUCUCUUAGAAGCAGUAGCUACUCCUUUAUUGAAAGAGCUUGCUUGCCAUGGUAGUCUUCCUAUAUCAAACUGGAAAUUUGCCACUCUUGGCUUUGACCAAACUAGAUUUUUCUUAAAGCAGCAAGAAAAAAUACUAAAUGACAUUUUUCUUCAAGGUAAAAAUGAUGAAAGAGAAGUAAUAUUCAAACAGGCAGCAUUGGUCCAUCUUUUGGUAACAGUUCGAGAUCUCCUCUUAAUGUGUACCUUGGAUACAGCAUUGGGAUAUUUACUGAAAGCAAAAGAUGUCUACAAAAGCAUGUUAGGUUCCUGUUUGGAGAAUAUUUGGAGACAGCUCGAGAUCGUACAAUUUAUCAAGAAGAAAAAUCCUGAGACCAACCACAAAGAACAAGAGUUAUGUGGUCAGAUAUUACGUUUGGUACAAACGAACAACAGGGAAGAACAACAAUUUAAGGUGCUAAUUAUAACAAGAAUGGACUCAGAUAAUGAACAUUAUUUCCUUAUUGAAAAACUUAGCAAAAUAGAAGGUUUAGAAUGUAUUUCUUUAUCUCCUGAAGAAAGAAAAGUUUUACUGGAAUCCAAUGAUGUUUUAAAUGGCCUCAAGAAGUGUUCCUGUAUGGUUGUACAUAGUCAGCAUAUUGGACCCGACUUUCCUUGGACGCAAUUCUCAUUCAUGGUGGAAUAUAAUUAUGUAGAAAACUCUUGCUGGACUGAGCACUGUAAACAAUUGGAUAUUCCUUACAUGACCUUUAAAACAGUUCUCCCAGAUGGAGUUUUUAAAAAAAGUGCCUCACUGGACAGAUUUGGUGGUUUUCUUUUGGAAAUUCAAAUCCCGUAUGUGUUUCUCGCAUCUGAAGGACUUCUUAACACACCAGAAAUACUUCAGCUACUAGAAUCCAACUACAAUAUAACUUUAGUGGAAAGAUGUUGCAAUGAGUCCUUACAACAGUUUGGGGAUACAGAUCGUUAUGUGGUGGUGACAGUUGAUGAGUGCACAGCCGUAAUUAUUCAGAGUCUAGAAGAACUGAAUUAUGAAAAGGCAUCAGAUAACUUCAUUUUGAAAUUGAUAGCAUUAUCAAUCCAGUACAACUACUGUUGGGUCAUUUUGUACUCCAAGGAAAGACUGAAUUCAGGGUACUGCCUUACAGGAAAAACUCUUCAUCAUCUGGCACUGAUCUAUGCAGCUUUGAUUCCAUUUGGGUUGAAAUCUGAAGAACUGGAAGUGAAGCUUGUCAUCAUGCCAGGAGUAGAAGAAACUGCACAGCUAAUUCGCCAAAUUGCUGACCACAUCUUGAUGUCCUCUAAGAGAGAUCCUCAGGAAUGGCUGGACAAGUCUUGGCUUUCAGUUUUACCAUCUGAGGAUGAAACACGCUUACUUGAUUUUCCAUGUAUCAAUCCCUUGGUGGCUCAGCUUAUGUUAAAUAAAGGACCUUCGCUGCCUUGGCUGCUAUCUGCAACUCUUGAUCAACUUCAAGGACUUCUGCCUGAAGUUCCCUCCAAAGUGUUAAAGCACUUUUCUGAGAUUACUUCUUUGUUCAAGAUUGAUUCUUCCCUGCCAAAGUCACCUUCAAUUUCAUCAUAUCAAGAAAAUGGAUACCAGCCCAGUACCAUCUCUUCUCAGUGUUCAACCUCAGAUUCUUCAGCAUUCAUUAUUCAAGGAGAAGAUGAGUAUUAUUGUUAUCCAAAAUUGUAUGAAAAAGUGCCUGAAGAUGCAAGUCUGUCUUCAAAUUAUACCACUUCCCUUGUAGGACCAAGUGAAAUGCAAUGUAUUUUACCAUCUUCAAAAUCUUAUGAACAAAUGAACUGCUGGGAAGCUUCCAAUUUGAACCCAUACCAACCACAGGAUACUGCUGUUCUAAAUAACAUAGACUCCAGAAGAACAGCUGGUACUUCCUUCCUAAGGCAGAAUGAUUCAGAGUCAGAUGUCUUUUCUUCCAGACUGGUUCAAGUGAAUUAUGAAGCAAGAAUGACUGAGAGUGUUGCUAACUCUGAUUGUAUGAACUAUAUGGAACAAGACAUACAUGUAACAAAAGGAAAAAUAACAAAAGAACUGGAUUCCCCCAUCUUUUCACUGGAGAACUCUGCGUAUCCUGCUACCCGGAAUCUUAAGAAAAAUACACUAGAAUCACAAAUCCAUCCUCUCAAAUUACAGUAUGGCAGAGAACAGAGCUCAUAUGAUACUUGGUUCCCUAAAACAGACAAUUUAAAUACAGCCUCUAACCCCUUGAUGUUUCAACAAAAGUGUCUGUCUAGUAAAUUAAAAGGCUUCAUGUAUGACAGGCUAGAUGAUCCAACAGAUAAGACUUCCUGGAAAGGAUCACUAACUUUCUCCAAUGUGAAUUCAUCUGCACAUAAUUCCCAUGCCUAUAAUUUAAAUGCAACUUCAGAAAAAUUCAACAAUCUGUAUGCCCAGCAAACAUCUGGAAGAUAUUCAGGACAGAAAAGACACAUUGUAACUUCAUCAAAUUUAGCCGAGAAUGACUCAUUAACAGGUUUGAUAUAUUCUCAGCGACCCCAACUGAAAAAAAGGAGACUAGUGUAUGAAAAGGUCCCAGGAAGAACCGAUGGACAAACACGCCUUAAGUUCUUUUGA